CCAGCCCCGGAUGCCCGUGCUGGGGCAGCCCCGCCACGGCGCUGCCGCCCGCCCCUUCCGCCCGCCGUACGGCAGCGGGGAGGCGGCCGCCCCGCCGGAGCCCCGCCUCGGCCGCCGCGGGAGCCUCGGUUAGGAUUUGACUAUGGCAGUGCGGUUCCUGCAGAAGGCAUCUGUGUGGUUGAAGAAGCGCAAGAUCACUUUGUUGGCUGUUUCUUGCGUGGGACUGUUUGGCGCUAACCUUUCCUAUCAUGUGUUUCCUGAGCAGACAUUCAAACUGUUGCACGAGUGCUGGUCAGAGGGGCAGCCAGCUGAGCUUUCACAGAGGCUCUGUGGUGUCUUUCAGGAUGUCCUUCAGGAUACUGCUGUGAAGUCCACCGAGUCCUAUCGAGCCUUUGCAGCUUCUGGCUUCCACCCUGUGAGUGCUGGUAUCCCCUGGCUGCCUGCAGGCUCUUUGGUGGGCAUCCCGCCUAACUUUGAUAGCACAAUUGAGGAUAAAAAAGGAAUAGUCAACCAUGUUGUUGUGAUCAAUGGCAAGAAAGUAGACUGGGAGAGCAAUGAAGGUGUUGCUUUGAAGGAAGCUCUGACAUUUUCACUUGGAGCUCAGAAGUUUGCCAUUGCCAGAGAACUUAUGUAUUUGCAGAGCAGCAGCCCUUUGGCAAGUGCAGUUGUGGCUCCAACUUGCUUAGCUGGUACAUUUAUCUGUGGGAGAGUUAUAAAGCUACUUCUGGGUUUAUCUCCUGGCCCCGUAAUACUUCGCACCAUCUGUAACCUCGUAACUGCCACUGGUGGGCUACUGUGCUAUUACAUUUCUUAUGACGCCGUGACCUAUCACCUAGACUGCAAGGCUGACAGAAAGGCAGCUACUGUUUCCAAAGACUAUGCCAGAGGUGGGGUUGAAUUUUAUGACAAAAUCCUGUCCCGCAACAGGAUUCUUCGUGGUCUGAUGGGCAAAGAAGGGAUAAAAAUGUAUGCCCCGAGUGGUAACCUUUUCCCAAGGUACUGGUUCAGAAUAAAGUAUACCCCGUACACUUACCGAAGAGAUUUGAUUGUUAAUAUUUUAAGAGAGCUCCAGGCAUAGGAAUGAGUGCUUGAAUUUUAAACUUGUGAAUUAUGUAUUCUCUUGGAACACUGCUGUGCUGCUUUCCGCCUUCCCCCUACCGCCCUCCGCCCUGUAUCUUCAUUAGAAUUUUGGGGUUUAUUUUUGCAUGUAGUUUGGAAGAAGUUAUUGCACAGUCUGUGAAUAAAGAAUUCCUUCUUAAAAAAUUAAAAGACUCACUUCAAAGUGC